AUGACUGAGGUUAACAACGAUUGGAAACAGAACCUUAACCUUCCCCAAAAGGACACAAGACCACAAACAGAUGAUGUCCUCAACACCAAAGGAAAAACAUUUGAAGACUUCAACUUGAAGAGAGAGUUGUUGAUGGGGAUUUUUGAGGCUGGGUUUGAAAAGCCAUCGCCAAUUCAAGAAGAAUCAAUCCCCAUGGCUUUAGCUGGUAGAGAUAUUCUCGCUAGAGCCAAGAAUGGUACUGGAAAAACCGCCUCCUUCAUCAUCCCCUGCUUACAGUUGUGUAAGCCCAAAUUAAACAAAAUACAAGCUUUGAUAUUAGUACCUACUCGAGAAUUGGCGUUGCAAACGUCGCAGGUUGUGAGAACGUUGGGUAAACAUUUAGGUGUUCAGUGUAUGGUUACCACGGGUGGUACUUCAUUACGAGAUGAUAUUGUUAGAUUAAAUGAUCCUGUUCACAUAUUGGUUGGUACGCCUGGUAGAGUUUUAGAUUUGGCGUCGAGGAAACUUGCCGAUUUGUCCGAAUGUCCACUUUUCGUCAUGGAUGAGGCCGAUAAGAUGUUGUCGAGGGAGUUUAAGAAUAUAAUAGAACAAAUCUUGGAAUUCUUCCCACCCCAUAGACAAGCGUUGUUGUUUUCGGCUACUUUCCCCAUCGCGGUGAAACACUUUAUGGAUCAACAUUUGAACAGGCCCUAUGAAAUUAAUCUUAUGGAUGAGUUGACUUUGAAGGGUAUAUCCCAGUUUUAUGCGUUUGUGGAGGAGAAGCAAAAAUUGCAUUGUUUAAACACGUUGUUUUCCAAGUUGCAAAUCAACCAGUCCAUCAUUUUCUGCAAUUCAACUAAUCGAGUCGAAUUAUUGGCAAAGAAAAUCACCGAGUUGGGUUAUUCGUGUUAUUAUUCUCAUGCGAAAAUGCCUCAACAAGCUAGAAACAAAGUUUUCCAUGAGUUUAGACAAGGUAAAGUGCGUAAUUUAGUUUGUUCGGAUUUGUUGACUAGAGGUAUUGAUAUCCAAGCAGUCAAUGUUGUUAUCAAUUUUGAUUUUCCCAAAACUGCCGAAACGUAUUUACACAGAAUUGGUCGUUCGGGAAGAUUUGGACAUUUGGGUUUGGCCAUCAACUUGAUGAGUUGGAAUGAUAGGUACUCCUUGUACAAGAUUGAACAAGAGUUGGGAACUGAAAUCAAACCAAUUCCAGCGACAAUUGAUAAAUCGUUGUAUGUUGCAGAGAACGAAGAUGCUGUUCCCAAGCCAUUCAAGAAUGAUGAUUUGGCAAGGGUGAAGAAUUCAAACUAG